CGGCAGCGCGCCUGCGUCUCUCUCUGUGUCCUCUGCUUGACGUCGCGUAGCUGCAGCACAGCGAGCCGUGUUUACAGAGUUUACAGUGUGUGCUCCACACGGACCGAGUUCACGUCGUGAUUGUACCGUCGUCUGACUGACAAUGGCCGGAACUCUGGCGCGUAAGGCCGUGGAUCAUCUCCGCAGUAAAGAGUUCAGAGAUUAUCUCAUGAGCACACAUUUCUGGGGUCCGGUGGCAAACUGGGGCCUGCCCAUCGCCGCCAUCAGCGACAUGAAGAAGAGUCCAGAGAUCAUCAGCGGCAGAAUGACCUUCGCUCUCACCUGCUACUCGCUGCUGUUCAUGCGCUUCGCGUAUAAGGUCCAGCCCAGAAACUGGCUUCUGUUCGCCUGCCACUUCACCAAUGAAGCGGCUCAGCUCGUUCAGGGCAGCAGACUCAUCAAAUACAACAUGGAGAAGAAGAUGGCCAAGUGAUGAAUGUGCAGAGCGGUCACGGUCAUGUUUUGGAGGAGAUCCACGAAUCUGUAUGGCAACAUCUGAUCUGUUUUAACACAAUAAAUAAUCAUUCAUAUACACAGAUGAUUGGUUUUAUGCUAUUUUUCUCUGUUACACAUAUAACAUUUUAAGCCUUACAACACAGCCUCGAAGGUUAGAGUUUGUAUGUAAUGUAGAAAUAUUUGAUUAAUUUAUUUCCAUACAUAAUGCGAUCAGUGUGU